AAAAGGGUAGGCGUUGUGCUGCCUACAUUCCAUUGGAUCGUUCACUCUGCCUGCGGAGUUAGCAGCCCGUUAGAUUACAGCCAACAUAUUAUGAAUUUGAUAUGAAAAGGUAUUUUGCUUCUUAAAUGUGUUAUGUGUCCAUGUUUUCAAGUCGUGUAGCCAUAAUCUUUGAAACGGAAACCACGGCGCCUCCCACUUGGCGCAUAAAAACGCCUAUUUCUUGCAUCUCAGAGAUAGAGUUGUUAAAGUUACUAACGUUCGCUUACAUGCCUAUGCCAUUCUGCUUCGGAUUGCCACAUUUGUUAACUACAUUGCUGGGUAACAUCAUGCGCAGGACUGAGAUGAGAGAGCGACGGAGCAUAUGAAGAUGUCCCUAAAGACUGCUAAAACAUGGUGCUUUAGACUGAUCGUUAUUGUUCUGUUCUUCGUCUCCUACUACUGCUCCCAUGUCUUCCUGCAGAGCUAUGGAGGCACCAGCAAGUCUCCUCCAACUCCGAGCAAGUCACUGUGUGGUGGCUGGCUAAAGCAGAAAUGGGAGAGCCUCAAUUUUAACAUUAGCAGACAAACACAGCUCUUCUUCAAACUGGAUGAUUUCUUCUGGCGACAUAAUCAGUCCACUCUUCCAUUACCCUACGGUAUUAAAGGCAGUGAGUUGCUGCUGCUGAAGGUUUUAGCCAUUAUUGCCAAUUACAAAAUGCCGGCCAGCAUUGAUAGUCUAGACUGCAGAACGUGUGCAGUCAUAGGAAAUGGGUUUGCCAUUAAAAACAGCUCCUUGGGCGGCAUCAUCAACGAGUACGACGUGGUGAUCCGGCUAAAUGACGCCCCCGUCAGAGGUUAUGAGGACGACGUGGGGAACAAGACCACUAUGCGUCUCUUCUACCCUGAGUCGGCCUCCUACAACCCCAGCAUGCACAACGACCCCGACACCCUCAUGGUCCUAGUGCCUUUCAAACAGCAGGACCUCCGCUGGCUCAAGGAGAUCCUGUACGACGAGAAGAGGGUGAGGAAGGGUUUCUGGAAGCCCCCUCCACAGAUCUGGCUAGGCAGUACCAGUCGCAUCCGGGUGCUGGACCCUCACUUCCUGCAUGGAACGGCCAGCAGUCUGCUACAAAUCCCCCUUCACCCAAAGACAAAACAGGGCUUGGGGUUGGAUGUUCACCCCAGACCGCAUGCUCGUAAAGCCUUGCGGGCCACGCUCUGACAGAUGCAUCCUCUUUCCACGCAGGAAACUGACGUGUCUCGCCUCGAACAGGCGAAAGAGAUCGAAUGCAUGUUACUGAUAGGAGGAGCAGAAUGGAAGUUUUAUUCCUGUGUCACAAUAUUGAUGUUUUAAAAGUGCCUCUUACACAGACAUUUACUUUGGAAAUGGUCCUGCACCCAGUAUUGGCUCGGUCUGCCAUUUUGAAGGUUUUGUGUCUUGUUUUAUUUUCAUUUUAUGUGGCUGAUUUAUACUGCAGACCAUCAGUAGGGGUCUAUUGGAAAGAAUUGGGAAAGCAGUGGGGUGUAGUAAUGGACCUGAACAAGAAGCUUUCUUGGAAAUUGUGGGUAGUUGAGUAAACCAAGGGUAAUGAUUACAUGGGAGAAUAGGGUUGAGCCACCCUUGUUUCUAGGAAACAAUUUAUAAUUUGACCAAAUACUUAGGAAGAGGUCUGAAGGAAGAAACCACAUUGUAAAAGUUAGGUACAACUACUUACCACUUUUAGAUACUUUUAAGACUGUUUUAUACAUGAGUUGGCCUCUACGCUUCAAUAUGAGCUCCUUAACCUAGCACGAAAGUGUGUUAUUGUAGCUUUGUGGGCUAAUAUAGUCAAAAUAUUUGCCUUUGGUUAAGUUUAGCCAAUGGUUGCUCUAAUGGCAAGUUAAGCAAAUUGAAGUGUUUCCUUUCCAGGUGUAAUGCAAGGCAUUAUUGCUGGGAUAUGAGGUAACAAAAGGGUCUGGCCUAUGUUGAAAGUGUUUUUUGUGUGUGUUUUUUUUAAGUACAAGGUUUUUAUUCGGUUUUAAGCCUGUGUUAAAAGACAAAGUGAUUGUGUUGAAUUGUGUUUGGGAAAUAAAGGUAGACAUGGUUUAAAAAGGUAGUGGUAAUAUUACAUUCAGUACAGAAAUGUGUAGGUGACUUACCCUGUCCCACUUUUUUCAAAACUAAUGUUUACAUGAAUUCUGAUUAGUUCCAGGGAUACACAACAUAUGAAGUAUAUGUAAAUAUCUUUGUUGGAAAGAGUACUGUUUCCCUUGUUGGGAGUGAUGCUGAGUGUAAACAAUGGCUCAAUUUAUCCCACUCUCCCCAAGGACAGAUAAGGAAAGGCUAUUGGAAAGUGAACAGAGUGCACCAUUUGGAAAUGGGGAAUUUAUACUCCCUCACAGCUGUCAUGUGGAAACAAUUCCCCUGUGAACAUUAGUAAUCAUUUAAUUAAAAAAAUUUAAAAAAUCACCUUUUAUUUAACCAGGUAGGCCAGUUGAGAACAAGUUCUCAUUUACAACUGCGAACUGGCUAAAAUAAAGCAAAGCAGUGAGACACAAACAGUUACACAUGGAAUAAACAAACGUACAGUUAAUAACACAAUAGAUUAGUAAUUAUUUAAGUCAGCAAGAGCUGAAUCAAACCAGGGACACCCCUCGUAUUGUUCUGGAGACAAAAGUAAUAAUACCAUCUCCCUUUGUCCCAAUACACAUUAAGGAAAGGGCACACUGCUCUGUAAUAUACCAGUGAUGCCAACUAAUGUACUAGAAGUGCAGAACUAGAGGACUCAUGAGUUUUUACAGGUCCCUGCUACCCCCUAGUGUCAAACACGAUACUACAUGUCUGUUACCAUACCAUAGUUGUCAUUGGUUUUGGUUCUCACU